UGUGCUAUGUGUGCUAAUUUGCUGUAAAAACCAAGUAGUCGCGCUGUUAGCAAGCUAGCCAUCAAAGUGCAACUUGUGUGGUUUAGAUAAGGCUAGCAAAGCCGGCUACUGUUUUGAUUUCCCAGGCCUGCAAUGAGACACAGUUAACAUUACUAGCCAGAAAGCUAACUAGCCCGUGUCCAGGGGUGAUUUAUCCGUCUACCUCAGGCAUCUAAAUAACCCUCGAGCAGCGGCCAUGACAUUUGUAAGACCGAUUUGACAGCGAUGUUUUCGUGUAAAUAAAUAAUUUGAUAUUUACUGAAGUCUGUUUACGUGAGUAUCAGACACGGAACUCUGCAGUACAGGUUAGGAGAGGACUAAUAUCCAGCUGUCGAGAAUACUAGCACAGGUCCAUGACAAUCAAGUGUUUUUCUGGAGCCACGCAGCUGCAACCAAGUAACUCAGAAAGAUGAACAUCGAUGACAAGUUGGAUGGAAUCCUGAUUCGAUGUGGGACUGUGAACAUACACCAUUCGGCGCAAACCUUGGCACCCUCUGGGGUGGACAAACGGGGAGGAGGAGGAAGCUUGGAUAUGUCUCUUGGAGAAAAGAGCUUGGCCAAUCAACCCCUGCUUGCCGAUGAUGAUGACGAGGAAGAUGAGGAUGAAGAUCUGACUGGUGGGACGCUGACCUCGCACAACCUCAUCUCACAUGAUGAACUUAUGGUUCAUGAGGAGGCCGUGAAGAACAAUGCAGCGGGAGAACAAGAGUUCUCUCAGCGGCUUUCUCACAAGCUGCCGUACACUCUACACAUGCCUGUGAACAUUAAACAGGAACUGAAGCUGUCAGACCCACUAAUUCUCAAUAAAAAGGACAAGAAACAGGAGAGGGACCUUACAGAAUGUCACAAAAAGAAGAAGAGAAAGCAGCGGUCUCCUGCAAAGAUUCUUACCAUUAAUGAAGAUGGCUCACUGGGACAUCAGAACCCAAAGUCACACAUCUGUGAGCACUGCAACGCUGCUUUCAGAACAAAUUACCAUCUACAGAGACACGUCUUCAUCCAUACAGGAGAAAAGCCUUUUCAGUGCAGCCAGUGUGACAUGCGUUUCAUUCAAAAAUACCUGUUGCAGAGACAUGAGAAAAUUCACACAGGAGAAAAGCCAUUUCGAUGUGAUGAGUGUGGAAUGAGAUUCAUCCAGAAAUAUCACAUGGAGAGACACAAGAGGACUCACAGUGGAGAGAAGCCCUAUCAGUGCGAUUACUGUCACCAGUACUUCUCCAGGACUGAUCGUGUCUUGAAGCAUAGACGUAUGUGCCAUGAAAAUAAGGAGAGAAAGGUCCAUAAAGCAGCUGCCAAAGAUGGCCUUCUACGCAGCACAGAAACAAUCACAUUCUCCUUCCCAUCCAAGGAGAGCACUCUACCUAAGAAGAAGCGUCAGAAGUCCACUGAUAAGAACAGCACCUCAGUCCAAAACACUGCUGUCACAGACAAAGUUGUGGAGGGUGGUGAGAAGAAGGAAGAGGACAGACUCGGCAAAAACGAAUGUCUUCCUCUUUAUGAUGUUGCCACCAAGGUAAAGGAUGAGUAUGUAGUGACAGAAUAUUCUGUUGAACUCCCAGAUUGUUCUCCAGAAAGCAGGCAACUUACUGGGGAGGCAUCUUCUGAUGAGAUCACUCCUCCGAAGAUAGUGCUGAAGAAGAUUGCUAACAAGAAGAAUGUAAAGCAGCAGCCCUUGGAACACUCGCAGCCUUUGUCACCCCUGUCAUCAUAUGAGGAGGGAAAGGUAACAAGAUAUACAUUUGAUAUUGUUGAUAACAAGGGCCUAUUGGAUGUAGAGCCAAGCCCUGACUUGGAGACUGUUGAUCCGCUCCAGGUUGGGCCCACAAAGCCACCUGGCAGCAGCACAAAUUAUGAUGAUGCCAUGCAGUUUCUCAAGAAGAAGCGUUACCUCCAGGCGACCACGGCCAAUAACAGUCGGGAAUAUGCCCUGAAUGUGAACAGCAUCUCCUCACAGCCCUCAGUUACUCAGGCAGCCGUGGCCACUGUCAUAGAUGAGACUGUUCCUGCCACAAUCCUGUCGGAGACUCAGACUCUGAACGUGGAGAUCAAGGCGAGCCAUGAGAAGAAUGUGCUCCCUGAUGAAGUCCUGCAGUCGCUCCUGGAUCACUACUCCAACAAGGUCAAUGGACAACCAGAGAUCAGCUUCAGUGUAGCAGACACAGAAGUAACGUCCAGCAUCUCCAUCAAUUCCUCUGAUGUUUCGGAGAGUAGCCCUACUGAGGCCUUGGGCACUAGCUCCCAAGCACCCACUGCGGAGAAGGCUAGUCUUCUGCAAGAGUAUUCAAAGUUUCUCCAACAAGCAUUGGAGAGGACCAGUCAGAAUGACAGCUACCUGAACAGCCAGAGCCUAGCGUUUGUGAAUGAUGGUGCAAGCCUUGGUGGGCAGCCCUUAUUUUCUACAGACAAACAGUUUGGUUCUCCAAGCCGGUUUAGAUCAGGUAUGAACUCUCCUCUGAGACUGGACAAACCUCACUUUGGUCUUUUAGUAGAUUCCCAACACUCGUUCUCAUUUUCGGGCGAUGAAACCAACCCUUCUUCAGUGUCACCGACUGAGGACUUUCUGGAGCAGGUGUCCCCUAAAAAGACAGAUGCUCAGGGCAUCACUCAAACGUUUCAGAUUGCCACUUUUGAUCAGAACUUCCGAUCUCAGUUCCAGACGUCGUCCCGGUCUGGACUGUCUUCACAAUUUAGUGUUUCCAAUGGACAGGUCAGCAUAAGAAGUCAUGGAGGAGCAGACUUUCCAGAAUUCUCUCUUGUUAAUGUUACUGAAACCAGAACUCAAAUGAGCUCCUCUCCAGAUGCUACAAGCAGCCACACGUUUGGCUAAAAAAAAAAAAAAGCUAUUUAAUAUUUUAGUCAUUUAAAAGCACUUUAUACUCUUGCUCUGCGAAUGUAAGCAGCACCGUAUUGGAUGUUCAUCUCAUGGCAAGCAUUUGAACUCCAGAUGUUCUCUCUCUAUUUGGUGGUUGUUUUAAUCUUGCAAGGAUGAGAAUCAUUUUAGGAAGUAGUCGUUUUUCAGCACACUCAUUUAAUGUCUAUACAUGUAAAAGGCACUUUUCUGUUUUUUUUUUUUUUGUUGUUGUUGUUGUUAAUUCAUUCAGUUCAUCUGCGCAUACUGCACAGCCAGUCUCUCUAAGAGAGAAUUUACUUCCUUACAGGUACAUACAGAUAAGCUCUUAAAUUUCCAAUUUAAACUCAUGAAUUCAUAAUUUUAUAUAAUGAAAUUAUAUAAUUCUCAGAUAUUUUUGCACAACACUAUGAAGGUAAUAUUAAUUUCAAAGAAAAGCUCUUAAAUUAUAAUGGAACUAGGUACAUCUCUGAUACAUUGUUGUAUUUGUAGGUACCUUGAUUGACACCUUAAUUUUUUUCUUUGUACAAAAAUAAUAUGCCAUGAUUAUAAGAAAUACAAUUAAUUUAGUUUAUACUGGGAGAGUAUACCUCAGAUACAGCAUGGGGUAAUUAAUAAAGGUAUCACAAUUUAAGUGCAUUCCUCAAGUUGGAUUUUUCAGUAAUGAAACUGAUGAAGUAAGCUUACCUAAAAAGUUUUUUUUUUUUUCCUGCAUGUAGUGCCUUUUUUGUGUAUCUGUGAAAUAUUGAAAACAUACCCUUAACUGCCUUUUUCCAUCAAUUUUGUGUUUAGUUUUGACCAUGAACCUAAAGAAAUUAAUGGUUUUAAAUUUAGCUAACCUAUUAUUUAAUUAUUUAACCAAUUUGCACUUAGACCUUGUGGGGAAAAAAUCAGUACUCUUUAUACCUAGGACUUUCAAUCCAACUUGGCAUACGAAACCCAGCUUGAAUUAUGGUGUUAUUGGUCUUUUUUUGAAGCACCUUUUCAAUUUCAUUAUGACAAGUAUGGAACUAUUUUAUAGUGUCAGAGAUUGAUGAUGUCUUUAUUUGCUAUGUCAUUCAACUGUUUGUUUGGUAGUUAGCAAGCAAAUACAUGAAAUUGGGAAAUUA